UUUCUGUGUUUCUUCAGUUUUAGCUUUUGCUUUAUCAUCAUUGUGUAUGUGUCUGUUUUCUGUUUGUGUGUUUGGCUCUUUCUGCGCAAGAUUCCUGGAUUUUCUUUUAUGCUACUUUCGGUUGCAAUGUUUGAAAAGCAAGUUUUCGGAAAGUCAAUUACUAGUGGAAGGAGGUUGCUUCUGAAAGAGAAGGAAUUAAGUUUUCUGUCUGUGUUUGGAAUUUAAGAGUUCUGAAGAUUGUGAGGUAUUUGUCGGUUUGUUGAAAUUUGCAGUGCUUGGAUGAGUCUGAAACCUAACGAGAGAACGUGAUUGUGUUCUUUUUUUUUUCUUUCUUUAUUUCUUAAAGUAGGAACAAUAUUAUAUUAUUGGUUCUCUGGAUCUUGCCGACUCUUUGAGUAGAAGCAAUCUUUCAAAUGAAAGAGGGCAAUAUGCUGGCUUUAAUUUUGAACUUGAGGGAGGGAAACUGCUCCAUUUCACCUCUCAGACCUUAGAAAUCUACUUGUACUUAGUUUAUAUUUCUUUGGAAGGACUUGGUACUCAUUAGUAAAGAAAAUUGAAUUCACACAUGGCUGUGGCAUUUCCCCAACUCUCGUGGUGGUUGUGGAGUGGGAAGAAUAAAGAACCUCGAAGCUCUAAUGGGUCUCCUCUAAAUGCUUCCCUAGAUACAGCCAUCCGGGAACCAGAUACUCUAAAAUUUCCUUUAGUUAAUGGGGCUAACAUAUCAUCCUCGUCUAGAAGGGUGAAGCGGAAAUGGCAUAGUCGUGAAGAGAGGAAAAUUGAUAGGGAGUAUGACAUUGUUCUUGUUCCAUCUGACGGAGGAUGUGUUUCAGGGUCAGAGUCUGAUGACUCAGAUUGGUCAAUUGGAUGGUCGGAACCCAACGGACCUGGAUUCCAGAGCGAUGACGAUCCAGACAACAGUUUCGCUGUGUUGGUUCCAUGUUAUGGACACAUGUACAAUGAUUUUGUAGAUGAAACUAAAAACAGUAUCCUAAGUGCUGUUGGGAACAUCAACGAUAGCUUUUCUGCUGCUGAUAAUGGCUGCACUUUUGCUCGGAGCAGACAGCAAGAAAUAUAUGGAACAAUGGCUGUCCUCUCUCCAGAACUGCUGAUGCACAGGAUUUGUAAUGGUUGCAUGCGGAUCUAACUACGAUGCUAAUGCUUCGUUUUCGACGACGAAAACAUUGUGAUAUUAGCCAUUUAAAAAUUGGAAAAAAAAUAUGAAAAAAGAAAAGAAAAGAAAAAAGAAUAUAGAAGACUCUCUAUUCUUAUAUUGCAGAGAAGUAAAUUGGUAAGGUAUGAAUAGAUUGGAUGGAAUGAGUGGGUGGAGGUCUCAUCUUUUCAAUUCUUUUGACCAUGCUCUUAAGAAGAGAGAACUUAAAAAAUGUCCUCAUCUGGGAUGAAGCUUGUUACUAUGGGAUGUAAAUAUUUUAGACUGGUUUGUAAAUAUGGAAGGGAGACAGGAAGAAAGAGCUUGAGCUUGAGCUUGAGCUGACCAGCUGAGGUAUGAAGAAAAAGAAGAUUAAAAAAAUGGUGGAAGUGGAAAUGUCCUGUUAUUCUUUGAAUAUCAGUUAAUGUAUAUAGUGGGAAGUGUUUAAUUCUUCUAAAUGUUGCUGUAAAUAAGUGUCUCAAUUGUAUGCAUCUUGUAAAUAUGAUGUGAGUGGGUUUGGUUCAACCAAAUGUUGCUGUAAAUGCCUAAAAUGGUGGCUCAUUUAUAAAAUUUGUUGUACAUAGUAACACAGUUGUGCAGAAAUGUAAAUAUCUCUCUCUCUU